CAAGGAAAUAAAUGAUCGCUAAAAACAAAGUGCAGUAGCCAUCAAUAACUUAUGCUCAAUUGAAACAAAAUCUAUCAGACCAGAGAUGUUUUUACAAUUGUUUGAACUUAUUUAUACCCCAGUUUUUAUUUAUACCCUAGUUCUUUCAGUACCAACCAUGGUGGCACCAAGAGGAGUCACUUCCUAUAUAACUUUACUGAUUGAUUAUUUCCUUUUCAAACUUUAAUUUGUAGAUGUCCUUUUAGCAAAAGAAGUAUGGGAGAAGUGGUUCAUACUUUGAUUGGACACACAAAUGAUGUUAAUUGUUGUGCCUUUUCAUCUAACAAUAAAGUGUUGGCUUCUGCUUCUGGGGAUAAGACAAUUCGUUUGUGGAAUGUAAAAGAUGGUAGUGAAAUUGAAUGCUCGCCUUUGGUGGGACAUAGUUAUUCGGUUAUAACUUGUGCCUUUUCACCCUUUGGAUCUAUACUCGCCACAGGCUCUCAAGACUCUACAAUUAUAUUAUGGAAUGCAGAUACUGGAGAACUAAUGAAAACUUUGCAAGGACACAAAGGCACAAUAAAAUGUUGUGUUUUUUCACCAAAUUCACAAUACUUGUUGACAGCAUCAUCAGAUGAAACAUUGCGUGUGUGGAAUCUUAAAUCAUACCAAAUUAUUCGUGUUUUUAAGGGGCCUGACUGUAGUUUAAAUACAUGUCGAUUUACACCAGAUGAUUUAUACGUUGUUGCUGGUUCAGUAUACGGUGAUAUACGAAUAUGGGAUUUCAGUUCAGGGAAAUGUGAAGACAUGUUUCAAGCGCAUGAUACAGGGUUAUGUGGUGUUGGAAUAACUGGGUGUGAUUUCUCACCAACAUUUGGUGCAGCAGACUCAACAUUUGCACUUGGGGGUGGUCAAUCUCCAUGUUUUUUACUUGCAACAUGUGGUGGAGAUAAUUUGGUAAAACUGUGGCAUGUCUACACAGCUUCAGCAUACUCUCUUAAAUGCAAUUUUGAGCCAACUGCAUCCUUGGAGGGACAUCUUGGCCAUGUAUAUGAUUGCAGAUUUUCUGCAGACGGCCGUUCCUUAGCAUCUUGUUCCUCAGAUAAAACUGUGAUCAUUUGGGAUCCAAUUGGUAAAAAACUUCUGUCCAAGUUAUCAGGACAUUCAAGAUAUGUAUCCACAGUGGUGUUCUCCCCAAAUGGCUUUUACUUAGCAACUGGAUCAAAUGACAAAACCGUGCAAGUCUGGGAACUAAAUAAUGUUCAACCAGCUGUUCCAGUUGAUUGUAACAAUCAACCAGUGCAACAGGAAAUCAAACAACAGAAGUUGUUAAGAACAUGGUCAAUUGAGGAUGUUUGUUCUUGGUUGCAUAAUAUUGGACUUGAACAAUAUGUUGAAAUAUUUCGCACUAAUGCAAUAGAUGGUACUGAACUUUUGCAAAUAACCGAUGAUAUGUUAAUGACAGGGCUGGGAAUUGGACCCCUUGGUCAUCGGAAUAAGAUUCUCAGGGAAGUAAAAUCCAUCAGGAAAUCUGAAACGGAAGGAAAUAUUCCUGACGAGUUUUUAUGUCCAAUUACACGUGAACUGAUGUCUGAUCCAGUUUUGGUCGCAGAUGGUUUCACUUACGAGAGAUCUUCAAUAACGGCGUGGAUAAAGUCAGGAAAAAGUACGAGUCCUAUGACGAAUAGACCGAUGCAGCAUACCAAUUUAAUACCCAAUCGUUCCUUAAAAAGUGCCAUUAUGAGAUACUUUGGACCUGCACCUUUGGAGUUUUGCGUGUGAUCAUGCGAAAAUAAUUUCCAAAAAAAUUGAUGCGACGCCUUCUUCGUUGGGUGGUGUGGAUUUGAAACAUAUAUGUAGCGUAUUUAUAUUUCAAGUAUACGCGAAAAAUACCGAAGAACAAAAGUGGUGGUGAAGAGCGCAUGGUGGACAUUUGCUAAUUAUACAUUAAAACAAAAAUUAUUUGCAAGGAUCAAAUAUUGUUUAAUUGGGUUAAUAUUUUGAAUAUUUUAGCGCACAUUUGUGGAGUACAAAGAUCGCUGGGUUUUUAAAGACCAUUAAGGGUUAUAGUCCGUAGUUACAUCACAGUUUAUGCACUUGGUACCGUAUUGCGCCCUUUUUCGACGACCCGUAAUAACGCGCGUUUUUCUUACGUCGAACUUUGAUAGUAAAAAUUUGUUCAGGCGUAAACUCUUCAAGUUUCUUGGCAAAGAGGGCGUGGGCGUGAAAAAGACAGAAAUGCACGCAGUGUUGAUGAAAACGAAUAAGUAGUUAUAGUUUUUAUUUUUAUUACUUUUUUUUUCUCACAUGCAAUCGUAAAUUAUAUAUAUUGUAAAAAUAAGUUUAUAAACUAAUUUAAAAUGGAAUAUAUAAUGAAAAUUACCAAA